UUGUGAGAUUGUAAAACUGUUAAUAAAAUAGUCUGUUUUAAUACGACGGUGAUAGUUUAUCUGCAGCAAUGUAACUCGCGUGAGUCGAAAUGUUACAUCUCAUUCGCCUCAGUUUUUGUGUUGUGCUUGGUUUGUUCGGUUUACUUGACAUUUCUUUGAGAUUCCAUUGCCGUUAACAUUCAAUCAAAAAUUGAUAGCAACAAUGCCUGUUGAGUAAAAUAAGAAUCGAGAAACAAAUAUCGAAAAUGGUCCAAAAAAUUAUAUCACAAGCACCACAAAUCAAAAAAGAGGAUGGCUUAGCGAACUUGAUCGGGCAAUUUGGCAAAUGGCAGCUACUAGUAAUGCUAGCGGUAUCCCUGGUCAAACUGUCAUCAGGAUGGGUACAAAUGGCAAUUAUAUUCCUAACGCCGAGCUUAAAAUUUUGGUGCUCGAAUUUUGGCAACAAUUCAACAAAUGUCGGUGAGAAUAUGACAUGCUACAGCGAUUGUUUGGAAUAUUCGUACGACACAUAUCCUUUUGGGAGGACAAUAAUAUCAGAAUGGGAUUUGGUAUGCGACAGGAGCUGGAUGGCCAGCUUCACUCAGACUAUUUUGCAGUUUGGAAUUCUGCUUGGCAGCAUUAUGUUUGGAUUUUUGUCUGACAGAUAUGGCAGAAAAAACACAUUUUUGGCGUCAAUUGUGGGACUCGUCGCGUUUGGUUUCGGUGUCGCAUUUGCUACUGACUAUAUAACUUUUACUGUCUUAAGAUUUUUCGUCGGAGUAUCGACAGCGGGGACAAUGGUGAUAUCCUUCGUGAUUGUCAUGGAAACUGUUGGACCGAAAUAUAGAGAAAUAUGCGGCUGUCUAUUUCAAAUGCCGUUCAUUGUUGGGCACAUAACAACGCCUGUAUUCGCGUAUUUCUACAGAAAUUGGAACGAAUAUUCCUUGUCAAUGGCAAUACCCCCAGCUAUAUAUUUAGCCUACUUUUUCAUACUGUCAGAAUCACCACGCUGGCUCGUCAGUGUUGGAAAAGUUGAUGACGCCACUAAACUAGUAACAAAAGCUGCUAAAUUCAACGGAUAUCCAACAUCCAACGUGGAAGAAACAUUGAAGAAAAUGUCAGCAGAAAUUAAAUUACAGUCCACUGUCGCCAAACCGAACUACAUCGACCUCUUCAAAGGUACUCUGCUAGUCAAGACCGUUUGCUCGUGCAUUAUAUGGAUGAUCACUGGCCUGACAUUCUACGGCUUCAACCAGUACAUCAGUCAGACCAGUCCAGAUCCCUUUUUGACUGUGGCUGCAAUGGGUGCUAUUCAGGUGCCAUCUAUAUUGCUCUCAAUAUGGCUGCUAAGACAUUUCGGACGCAAGCUUACAGUCAUAAUUUUUUUUACACUAGGUGGACUUUGUGUUCUGAGCCUAGCCUUAGUUUCAAAUAUAUUUUGGGUGACAUUAACCUUGGGAUGCAUAGGAAUCAGCUGCGUGUCUGUAGUUGCUACAUGCAUUUAUAUUUACACAUCAGAAUUAUUUCCCACCGUUGUGAGGAACAUGGGCAUGGGCGCUUGCUCUACAUGCAUGAGAGUGGGGUCUAUGAUAGCCCCAUUUCUUUCAAAUUUAACAAUAUCUUGGAUGCCGACUGUUUUUUUUGGGUUUGCUCCAAUUAUUGGAGCUUUAGUUUGUAUAAUAUUACCAGAAACAAAAGGUACUGCGCUACCUGACAGUUUAGUGGUAGAAAAGAAUAAUGCGUAAUAUUUUUUACAAGAUACU